UGUCAUUGGCGGCUCCCAAGAUGGCGUCCAUCAUGGAAGGGCCGCUGAGUAAAUGGACUAACGUAAUGAAGGGCUGGCAGUACCGUUGGUUCGUCCUGGACUACAAUGCAGGGCUGCUCUCCUACUACACAUCCAAGGACAAAAUGAUGAGAGGCUCUCGCAGAGGAUGUGUUAGACUCAGAGGAGCUGUGAUUGGUAUAGACGAUGAGGACGACAGCACCUUCACAAUAACUGUUGAUCAGAAAACCUUCCAUUUCCAGGCUCGUGAUGCUGAUGAGCGAGAGAAGUGGAUCCAUGCCUUAGAAGAAACUAUUCUUCGACAUACUCUUCAGCUUCAAAUCAGUACCACACUUGCUUUUUUCCAGUCUUCUGGUAUCUCUCCAGUUCUUGAAUUUUCAAAAAUAAUUGGUUUGGAUUCAGGAUUUGUUCCUAGUGUCCAAGACUUUGAUAAGAAACUUACAGAGGCUGAUGCUUACCUACAAAUCUUGAUAGAACAGUUAAAGCUUUUUGAUGACAAACUUCAAAACUGCAAAGAUGAUGAACAAAGGAAGAAAAUUGAAACUCUCAAAGAGACAACAAAUAGCAUGGUAGAAUCAAUUAAACACUGCAUUGUGUUGCUGCAGAUCGCUAAAGACCAGUAUAAUGCGGAGAAGCACGCAGAUGGAAUUAUAAGUACUAUUAAUCCUGUAGAUGCAAUAUAUCAACCUAGUCCCUUGGAACCUGUGAUCAACACAAUGCCUUCCCAGACUGUCUUACCUCCAGAACCUGCUCAGUUGUGUAAGUCAGAGCAGCGUCCAUCUUCUCUACCAGUUGGCCCUGUAUUAGCUACCUUGGGACAUCAUCAGACUCCAACACCAAACAGUACAGGCAGUGGGCACUCACCACCUAGUAGCAGUCUGACUUCUCCAAGCCAUGUCAACUUGUCUCCAAACACAGUCCCAGAGUUCUCUUAUUCUAGCAGUGAAGAUGAAUUCUAUGACGCGGAUGAAUUCCAUCAGAGUGGCUCAUCCCCAAAGCACUUAAUAGAUUCCUCUGGAUCGGCCUCAGUCUUGACACACAGCAGCUCAGGAAAUAGUCUAAAGCGCCCAGAUACCACGGAAUCACUUAAUUCUUCCAUGUCCAAUGGAACAAGCGAUGCUGACCUUUUCGAUUCACAUGAUGAUAGAGAUGAUGAAGGGGAGGCGGGGUCGGUGGAAGAGCACAAGAGUGUUAUCAUGCAUCUGUUGUCACAGGUUAGGCUUGGAAUGGAUCUUACUAAGGUAGUUCUUCCAACAUUUAUUCUUGAAAGAAGAUCUCUUUUAGAAAUGUAUGCAGACUUUUUUGCACAUCCGGACCUGUUUGUGAGUAUUAGUGACCAAAAGGAUGCUAGAGACCGAAUGGUUCAGGUUGUAAAAUGGUACCUCUCAGCCUUUCACGCAGGAAGGAAAGGAUCGGUUGCCAAAAAGCCAUACAACCCCAUUUUGGGUGAGAUCUUCCAGUGUCACUGGACAUUACCAAAUGAUUCUGAAGAGAAUGCGGAGCUAGUUGCAGAAGGACCAGUUCCCUGGGUUUCCAAGAAUAGCGUAACAUUCGUGGCUGAGCAGGUUUCCCAUCAUCCACCCAUUUCAGCCUUUUAUGCGGAGUGUUUUAACAAGAAGAUACAAUUCAAUGCUCACAUCUGGACCAAAUCAAAAUUCCUUGGGAUGUCAAUUGGGGUGCACAACAUAGGGCAGGGCUGUGUCUCAUGUCUAGACCAUGAUGAACAUUACAUCCUCACAUUCCCCAAUGGUUAUGGAAGGUCUAUCCUCACAGUGCCCUGGGUGGAACUAGGCGGAGAAUGCAAUAUUAAUUGUUCCAAAACUGGCUAUAGUGCAAAUAUCGUCUUCCACACUAAACCUUUUUAUGGGGGCAAGAAGCACAGAAUUACUGCUGAGAUUUUUUCUCCAAAUGACAAGAAGUCUUUCUGCUCAAUUGAAGGGGAAUGGAAUGGUGUAAUGUAUGCAAAAUACUCAACAGGGGAAAAUGUAGUUUUCAUAGAUACCAAGAAGUUGCCUAUAAUCAAGAAGAAAGUGAGGAAAUUGGAAGAUCAGAAUGAAUACGAAUCCCGCUGCCUUUGGAAGGAUGUCACUUUCAACUUAAAAAUCAGAGACAUUGAUGCAGCAACUGAAGCUAAGCAUAGACUUGAAGAAAGACAAAGAGCAGAAGCCCGAGAAAGGAAGGAAAAGGAAAUUCCAUGGGAGACAAGGUUAUUUCAUGAAGAUGGAGAAUGCUGGGUUUAUGAUGAACCAUUACUGAAACGCCUCGGUGCUGCCAAGCAUUAGGUUGGGAAAUGCAGAGUUUGCUCCUGGUGACCAGGGCAGGAGGCAUAAUUAAGUAACAAUCUUCCUUUGGGAGAACCUGUUCACUCCCUUCUUAUUGCAGUGGUUCCUAUCUCAGGGAUACUGGACUUUAUGACACAGAUGAACAAUUAAAGCGAGAAAAGCUUCCCUUUUUCCUGUUCUAUGGCAGUUACAAUGUUGACUUUGGUCUUGAGAAAAACUUCAGGUUUUGAAAACCAGAUAUCUGCUCCUUUUCCAAAUUCCAUGUUAUAAAUCCCACUCUCAAACCCUGCACUCUAGUACUGCUGUUGAGAUAUACAAAGUUUCCUAGUUCAUGUAAUCUUGGGUUCUAUAUAUAUAUAUAAUAAACAUAUAUAUAAUAUAGCCGAUGCCAGAUUUUUCAUAAAUACUCCAUUUACUGUAAAUAUUGGUUCCUCUGAGCUGUUUUAGAAAAUUUAGCGCAGUGUAUUAAAGAUGACGUGUUAGGAAAUUUCAUGGUCUCACCUACAAUAACUUUUAUUUUGGAAUUGAACUGUUAUUAAGUUGUAUCUAACUCUGGACUACAGUUUAAUUAUACUCAGUGCUUCUUAAGGCUUCAUAAAGUAAUUUUUCCAACCUUUUUUUUAAUGUGUUUCUUUUAUUAUUUUUAUAAUUAAACUUGGACCCAAGUAUUUGGCAGCCUUGAAUACAAGAGCUAGUUUUUUACAGGGACUCUUGAAAUAAUGAGGUCCAUCCUUUUCCUUCCUUAUACUCUGUGUUCUGUCUUUAACGCCAACAAUGCUAUUUUCAAGUUUUAAUUGAACUCUCAAAUAGUACACAUAGGGCUACCAACAUUUUAUCCAAAAAUAUUUU